AUGAGGCGAAUAUGUCCGCAGUUCGCUGCUAUUCAGACAUCUUCUCGACUUUAUUCAACUGCUACUGGAACGAGCAAGAAUUCGACAAAAGGUCAGCCGUCGGCUAAUACUUAUACUGUAAUCUAUCGGAAAAAUGAACGAAGAAAACCGGCUGAUACGUUCGGAACAUUGAGUUCAUUUGAAAAAAAACUUUUGCCGUUAAAAAUAUCUCAUGGUCCGAAGCAAAAGAAUAAUGCUUUCGAAGAAGUUAGCAGCACGUUCGAAAAGGAAGAAGAUGACGAAGAUAUCGGCUGGACAUCCAGUUUCUUGCGAUCGAAGCUCAAGGACAAUAACAAAGAGUUGCCUAUAAUCACAGAACCAUUGGCAUUUGGACAGAAACAACGAAAAAAAUUAAAGAAAAGAAAAGAAGCUGAAGAGGAAUAUGAGAAAUUAUAUGGUGUAGAUCGAAGUACAACAAAAGUUAUCAUUGAGUGUGCUAAAAAGGAAUAUAAUCAUUAUGAAGGUAUGCGAUAUCCUCCUGGUGAUAUACAGUUAGCAAGCACACACUGGGCAAAAAGCAAAUAUAAGAAUGAUUGGUUCACUAUUCAUCCGGUCAUGAGAAAGGUUUACAAAUCACUUAAUUUUCAUAAUCCAUCAUUCAACCGUGAUGAGUCGUUUUCUUGGGAUGAAAAUGUGCGUCUACUUGAUCCAGUAAUCAUCGAUAAUGCCCGAAAGCUCGGUUUUCGCGUGCCAACAGUCAUACAGCGUCGAGCAUUCCGAGCCUUCAAAAGUGAUGCACACCUUCUUAUAACUGCUGAAACAGGUUCAGGCAAAACAGCGGCAUAUGCUGCGCCAUUGUUAUCUGCUUUAUUGCAAAAUAUGGAUCGGCAUGCAAAAGGCGUUGUGCUAGUUCCUACACAUGCAUUGCGGAUGCAAACUUCACUGAUGAUCAGCAAACUUGCCGAAGGUACUGAUAUUAAAGUCGUUGGAGGUAUUGAGAGAUGGCGAAGCAAGAAGGAAACCAAGGAGGAUUGGAAUGUCCUUGUUAGUACACCCAGUUUUUCUCCUGAAUUUUUAACAUCUUUCAAUAUUGAUUAUAUUGUUUUGGACGAAGCCGAUAUGUUACUCGAUGAUAGUUUUCUGAAUAAUAUCAUUGGACUGCUCGGUCCUCUUAAAAUACGAUACUCAGUAGGCGAUAAGAAUGCUACAGAUGGUGUACGUUUGGUUUUCUCAUCCGCUACAUAUCCAGAUCAGUUGCAACGGAUUGCUGAGAGUAUAGUGGAUUAUGAACAUUUGUACUGUGUCAAAACUGAGAAUUUGCAUCGCAUUAUGCCUCACAUAAAACAAACUUUCAUCAGAGUCAGAGAAACAGACAAACUAGAGAAAUUGAAGGAGUUACUCCAGAAAGGACUCUCUUUUCCCAGUGGGCAAACUUUAAUCUUUUGCAAGGAUUUAAAAAAUGUAGAGUUGGUAUCAAGAUCAUUAAGAGAAGUGAACAUUGAGCAUACUUGCCUGAGUAGUGGUUGUCGAAUUGAACGGUUGAUUGAUGAAUUGCGCAACGGUACUGUGCGUAUUAUUAUAGCGACGGAUGUUGCUAGCAGAGGUUUAGACUUUCCUCAGUUGAGGCAUAUUAUUAAUUACGAUUUUCCGCGGCAAAUUUCGGACUAUGUCCACCGAUGCGGUCGAAUUGGUCGCAUUGGAAGUUUGCAUAAAUGUUUGAUGACAUCAUUUGUCAGACGAGCUUGGGAAGUGAAGCAUGUGAAUUCCAUUGAAUUGGCUGCACGACUUCAUCGGAUAAUCAAAGAUGUGGAAAUGAAUGAUCCAGCGAGAUUGAGGGGUCUGCAGAGAGAUUUGAUUUUAUGA